AGAUCUCUCCUGCUUCAGCAGCAUUGGUUACUAACUAAAAUAACUCAGAAAAGAGAAGGUAGAGUAAAAGAGAGGAUUUUCUGUUUGUUUCCCGGGAAAGAAAAGUUGGUAUAUAUUUUCAGUGGCAAUGACUACUAUGGCUGCUGUCACUGGCGAACCUAUUCUCUCCAAGCUUGACCGCUUAGACAACAUGUUGAGACAGUUGGAGGAAAUUAAAGGGAGUAAAAGAUCAUGUUCAUCACCAUCAAAGAGCUCAUUUGCUUCUACUCAAUCAAGUGGGACCUUGACAAGUGAAGGACACGUGUCGUUCAUCGAGGAUGCCUCUCCAAAGAGCUUAGAGAAGCACUGCCGUCCGAUCAACCAUGUGAUGUUGGAAGCUGAGGUUAAAGGCACUCUCAUUGAGAGGCUUCAUCGUGUAGAAGAACGAGUCCUUAAGCUGUGUUUACAGAUGGAGGAGGAGCUGAUUGAGGCUGAGAAAAUGAAGCAGAAGAUUAAGAAGUCUCAUACCAAAAAAGGACUUAAACAACUUGUUCAACAAUGUGUUAAGGGAAGAAAAAAGAGUGACUUGAAAAAUCACCAAUGAUUAUUAUUAUUAUGUAAUUUCUUUGUUUUGUUUUUUAAUUUUUGCAUAUUUUGUUGUUUUUACCUAAUUAAGUCUCUUUUAUUAUUAGGGUGAGUUUGUACAUUGAAAAGAAAGGAAAGGACAUUAACCAUUAGUGUUUGGUUU